UUGUGAAACCUAAGGUUAAAGAUGUUGAUACAAAGAGUCCUCAUUUUCCUGACUAUUCAUUCAAUAAGUGAAGGUGUACGAAAGUACGACAAGAUGGAUUUGGAAUCCCUUAGGGAAGACGUACGUGCAAUGUUUAAUCACGCUUACACUAGUUAUUUGACAUAUGCCUAUCCUUACGAUGAGCUGCGUUCGCUAAGUUGCGAUGGAUUUGACACUUGGGGCAGCUUUUCGUUGACUCUAGUCGAUGCUUUGGAUACAUUAAUAAUUAUGGGCAAUCUAACUGAAUUUCGCAGAGUGGUAAAUAUCAUUGGCACACGAACUGACUUUGAAGCCAAUAUUAAUGUAUCAGUAUUCGAAACGAACAUCAGAGUGAUCGGGGGAUUAUUAAGUGCACAUUUAUUGUCGCAUAAAGCAGGUAUAGAUCUAGAGCCUGGUUGGCCUUGCAAUGGACCUCUGUUACGUCUUGCCGAAGAUAUGGCAAAAAGGUUACUCGUUGCUUUCGAUACCCCAACGGGAAUGCCUUAUGGAACUGUAAAUUUAAAAUAUGGGAUUCCAGAUGGUGAGACUAGUAUAACGUGUACCGCAGGAAUUGGAACCUUUCUCGUAGAGUUUGGGACCCUUUCCAGAUUAACAGGAGAUCCAUUGUACGAAGAGGUCGCCAUGAAUGCUAUAAAAGCAUUGAAUUAUCACAAGUCAAACAUUGGAUUAGUCGGCAACCAUAUAGACGUAUUAACGGGCCAUUGGACCGCCCAAGAUUCUGGUAUAGGAGCUGGUAUAGAUUCUUAUUUUGAGUAUCUAGCAAAAGGUGCUUUACUUCUACAAGAUCCACUAUUAAUGACGUUGUUCCAACAACAUAAGGAAGCGAUUGAAAAAUAUACCAGGCAAGAAGAUUGGCACGUCUUGGUUUCUAUGAAUAAAGGACACGUUACAUUACCCAUUUUUCAAUCGCUCGACGCAUAUUGGCCAGGAUUGCUUAGUCUUUUUGGAGAAAUCGAUAAUGCGAUGAAGACUUUACACAAUUAUCAUAAAGUUUGGAAGCAGUAUGGAUUUAUGCCAGAAAUUUAUAACAUUCCACAAUCCGAAGCAGGGGCUAAUCGCGAAGGAUAUCCAUUGAGACCAGAACUGAUCGAAUCUGUUAUGUACCUCUACAGAGCAACCAAUGAUUCUUACUUGCUGCAAAUUGGAGUGGAUAUAUUGCGAAGUCUUCAGCACAGCGCGAAAAGUACUUGUGGUUAUGCCACAAUAAGUGACAUAAGAGACCAUCGGAAGGGUGACAGAAUGGAAUCUUUCUUCUUAGCUGAAACUACCAAAUAUCUUUUCCUUCUUUUUGAUCCGGAUAAUUUUAUUCACAAUUCAGGAUGUCAAGGCGACAUCGUUCAAACACAGUGGGGAGAAUGCGUCGUGAAUGCAGGAGGAUACAUAUUUAAUACCGAAGCUCACCCAAUUGAUCCUGGGGCUUUACAUUGCUGCCGUAGGAUGGAUAAUCUGUUUAUGUCAAAGACAUCCAAACUGCAAAAGACUGCAAUGUUUCAAAAUAAAACGAAAAAUGAUUCACUUGGCAACAUAUCGUUAAAAAUCAUUGACAAUUCAAAAGAUCAAAAGGUGGAUGAUAAGAGACUAAGGAGCAACGUAUCUCAAGCUGAGAAUAAUGCUGCAGAAAGUGUACAUAAACGUACUUCAACUGAAAUUUUCACUUCAACAUUUAGAAAUGAAAGUAUAGAAUCAAAUAAUGCGGAGAUUCCAGAACUAAAUACUAGUUUAACCACAAAUCCGAAAGACCAGAAUGAACCGAUCCCAAAAUUAACGUACAUAAUAUAUAAAGCAGAUGAUGGUGAAGCGGGUGAUAUCUUAAAUUCAUCUACGAAUGUAGUGGCACAAAGCUCAUUUUCAAAUCUGCAGAAUCAGUCACAACCAUUAAACAAUGCUGUACAGCCUAGAAAAAUUAAAUUCGAACCUCAAACAUUACUAGAAAAAAUUAGGAGAGAAAACAUGUACUCCGCUUAUGAUACAACAAUGUCUAAUGACCGUUCAUUAUGUUGUUCGGCUCAAUCAUUCUUGCGGCGUUUAUCAAUUUUAGGUGAAUUUUUCUAAAGGCAGUUUGAUUUGUGCUUGUGCAUAUUAAGUACUUGAAAAGAUAUUUUCUUUUAUUUGAAACCAUUCAGAAUAUGGAAAUAAAGGAAUGUAAGAUGUAAA